AUGUGCAAAUGGAUACUGAUAAAUGGUGCCUCAGCCUCUUCCCACCUGCCUUGUUGCUGCUUGCUGCUACUCUUCUUGGUGUCUUCUGUGCCUGUCACCUGCCAUGACCUUAGCCAGGACAUGCUGUCCCCGGAGGCCACCAACUCUUCUUCUUCAUCAUCCUCUUCCUUCCCCUCGUCCUUCUCCUCUCCUUCCAGUGCGGGGAGACACGUGCGGAGCUACAAUCACCUCCAAGGAGACGUGCGCAAGAGGAAGCUCUACUCUUACAACAAGUACUUUCUCAAGAUCGAGAAGAACGGCAAGGUCAGCGGCACCAAGAAGGAGAACUGCCCCUUCAGCAUAUUGGAGAUAACAUCUGUAGAAAUUGGAGUUGUGGCAGUUAAGUCUAUUAAGAGCAACUAUUAUUUAGCCAUGAACAAGAAAGGAAAAGUCUACGGCUCUAAGGAAUUUAACAGUGAUUGCAAAUUGAAGGAAAGAAUAGAAGAAAAUGGAUAUAACACAUAUGCGUUUAAUUGGAAGCACAACGGAAGGCAAAUGUUUGUGGCCCUGAAUGGAAGGGGAGCCACAAAGAGAGGACAGAAAACAAGAAGGAAAAACACUUCAGCUCACUUUCUUCCAAUGGUAGUGAUGUCAUAGAUGAAGGAACUAUUCUAUUGAUACAGUUGAAACCAAAGGCUCUUAUGUCAAGAAUAUUCAGUAAUCUUAUUGAAGAGUAAAUGCAAAGAAAUAGUGCAGACAUCUGCUUGUUUGAAAAAAAGAGCAGGGGAAGCAUUUGAAGGUUUUGUACUCAUU